ACGGGUAGUGGAACGAAAUCGAACUUGUAUUCUUUGUUGACAACAUUGUAGUACCUGUUCAGCGCAUUUGCAAACGGAACUAGGUUUCAUGGAAGAUAAACAGGAAAUAUAUGUGAAAUUAUGGUAAAGCGACUCGAACGUUGGGACUGAGAGCUAAACAAACCAAAAAUAUUCAUACGGAUUUUCUGACGUCGGAUAAAUCCAACGGAUUUAGAAAGGACAGCAGCAACGUUACAUACGACGCAUGCAGUCCUGAUACCCAUUAAAGAUGUUCAACAAGUCUUUUGGCACUCCCUUCGGGGGAGGUACUGGAGGAUUUGGGACUUCAUCCACAUUUGGACAGCAAAACACUGGAUUUGGAACCACCGGUGGUUUUGGUGCAUCUGCAUUUGGGGCAACAAAUAAUUCUGGCGGACUCUUUGGGGCUACACAGAACAAGCCAGGUGGGCUCUUUGGUUCCAGCACCUUUAGUCAACCAGUGACAUCCUCCACCAGCUCUGGCUUUGGGUUUGGUGCUGCCAGUGGCACAUCCAAUAGCUUGUUUGGCAGCACAAACACUGGAGGAGGGGGCCUAUUCUCUCAGCAGAGCAAUGCCUUUGGUGCAAAUAAGCCAGCCUCCUUUGGCACUUUUGGCACCAGCAGCAGCAGUGGGGGGCUGUUUGGGACAACCAACACCAACUCAAACCCAUUUGGAGGAACGUCUGGGUCAUUGUUUGGUUCCUCAGGGUUCACUGCUACACAGCCGGGGACAACUGUCAAGUUCAAUCCUCCCACAGGAAGUGAUACAAUGGUGAAGGGUGGUGUGACAACCAGUAUUAACACCAAGCACCAGUGCAUUACAGCCAUGAAAGAGUAUGAAAAUAAGUCAUUAGAGGAACUGAGACUAGAGGACUAUCAAGCUGGGCGCAAGGGUCCUUCAAAUCCGAUGGCAGCUGGUACAGGUGUGCUAUUUGGAGGGGGGCCUGGUACAGCUGCUGCCAGCACUGCUACUGGUCUCUUUGGGUCUACCACCAACACAGGUUUCUCUUUUGGUGGGAACAAAUCGAACUUUGGAACUGGCUCAGGGGGCUUUGGCACAGCUACAGGGAGUCUGUUUGGUGGGCAGCAGCAGCCAACCAGCCUGUUUGGGAGCAAGCCUUUUGGCCAGCCCACCACUACCCAGAACACGGGCUUUUCCUUUGGCAGUGCCAACACCAUGGGGCAGCCUAACACCAGCAGCAUGGGAUUGUUUGGGAGCUCUGCACCAUCCCAGACUGGAGGCCUCUUUGGGAACACGGCAAACACCAGUACUGCCACAGCGUUUGGCACUGGCACUAGUCUCUUUGGGCAAAACACCAGUGCCUUUGGUACACCGAAUCUGUUUGGUAACAAGACUGCUGGGUUUGGUGCUACCACAACCAGUGCUCCUUCCUUUGGGACUGGCACUAGUUUGUUUGGGAAUAAAUCAACCCUCACCCUUGGGACUAACACCAAUGCAUCCAAUUUUGGUUUUGGUGGCAAUACUACAGGAGGAAGCCUGUUUGGUAACAAAACUGCAACUGUCGGAUUGGGAACAGGGCUCGGUACUGGCUUUGGAGCAACUGUGGGCACAGGCCCAGCCUCCCUGUUUGGUGGCACUCAAAACAAGCUGGGAUCCACCUUGGGUGGUGUCGGGGGCUUUGGAACCACCGGCUUCAACACAGCCAACAAUUGCUUGGGUUUUGGUACAGCCCAGCAGCCUGUCACAUUGACUGACUCCAAUGCUGCUGCAGCACAUCACGCUCUCCUCCAGCAACAGAUCAGUGCUCUGGCCUAUGCUCCCUUUGGUGAUUCUCCCCUCUUCAGGAACCCCCUAUCUGACCCAAAGAAGAAAGAAGAGCGCCUGAAACCCACCAAUCCUGCUGCCCAGAAAGCCCUGACAACACCAACCCACUAUAAGCUGACCCCACGACCUGCCACUCGCGUUCGUCCCAAGGCCCUCACCUCUUCAGGCUCCUCGAAGUCCCAGCUCUUUGAUGGUCUAGAUGAUGAUGAGCCUUCCCUGACCAAUGGCUCCUUUAUGCCCAGGAAGAGUAUAAAAAAGCUGGUGCUGAAGAACUUGAACGGUAGCAGCUUGUAUUCCCCUGGGAACCAGGAGGCUGAGGACUUGGCCUCUCCCUCUGAGUAUCCAGGGAAUGGGCUCAGCCGUGGCAUGGAUGAGGACACUUGUCCAACGGAGGAGGACAAAGCAGAGGAGGGCUUGGAGGUGACCAAAUUCUACACUAAUCCUAUUGCCAAACCCAUCCCACAUGCUUUGGAGGGCAAGGUAAACUUGUCACUCCAGGAUACCAUUGCUGAGCUUAAUGUACGUGGUACUCGUAAUGGCCUGGGGGCCAGCAACGAUGAUAUUUCCCUGGGAGAAGACUCUCUCGUGGAGCAGCGUGGUGAGACAGACACCGAGCAGCCACCACACCCAGCAGGCAUAGUCCUGAAUCGUCUGGGUUACUACACCAUUCCUACAAUGGAAGAACUAGCCAAGAUGGUCAAUGACAAUGGGGAGUGUGUGGUGGAGAACUUCACUGUUGGCAGGAAAGGGUAUGGGUCUAUUUUUUUCCCUGGAGAAGUGAAUUUGACGAACCUCAAUCUGGAUGAGAUUGUGCACUUCCGUCGGAAGGAGGUUAUCGUGUAUCCUGAUGAUAUGACUAAACCUCCUGUGGGAGAAGGUCUGAACAGACGAGCAGAGGUUACAUUAGAUGGAGUGUGGCCAAAUGACAAGACCACCUGUACUCAGAUCAAGAGUCCCGAGAGGUUGACCGAGAUGAACUAUGAGGGACGCUUGGAGAAUGCCUCGCGGAAGCAAGGAGCUCGGUUCUUGGAGUACAGGCCAGAGACUGGCUCCUGGGUGUUUGAGGUUGCCCACUUCUCCAAGUAUGGUCUGCAAGACUCUGAUGAGGAAGAGGAGGUUCCUCCAGCCAAAGUGGAUGCAAAGAAGCUGAAAACAACUCCUGCACUCCCUCCAGCCCUACAGCAACUUCCAGCCUCCCAGCAGCAGAUGGCUCUCAACGGAAAGCCAGGCCCCCAAGCACAGAGUGCGGUUGCCCUGGAGCUGCUGAGCCGUGUGUCAGAGGCGGAUAGUGACAUGGCGGACGUCACCCAGGAGCUGCUACCCACCUCACACAGUAUGCUGGAUGAUGAGGAUGAGGAAACAGACAGAGCUAGUGGUCUGGAGGAGGAACAAAGGCAGCAAGGAAAGGAGUCUACUGAGCAGGAGCCACUCAGCCUCUCAGCCUCCAGCCACAUUGCUUCUUCACUGGGCAUCAACCCACACACUCUGCAGAUAAUGAAAGCCUCGCUGUUUGAGGAAGAUGAUGAGAGUGACUCCUUUUUGGAGCCAGCAUUAGGUUGGCCUGGCCAGAAGAUGGAGGACUCCAUGAGCCUGGGAUCCACGCGUGUCCUGUUGCCUGGCUCACAAGGGCGGCAGUCUGUGGGUGGGCUGCUACAAGCCCGCUUCAGUGGAGGAGGCUUGUUUUCCCAUCUCCCCGAGGCCCCCUACACAGGAGUUUCACAGAAGGUGUCUCGCCCAUCGGAAUCCUCACGGCUGUCCCCUUGGCCCUCGCUCGGCCCCUCCUUCCUUCAGCCUCUGGUGGCACCAGCCCCUGUCCCAGACAUGCCACUACGCACAGUGGGCACCCGCCGUCAGCGAGGCUUGGUUCCACUGCCCAGUUCAGUCAUGCUGGGUAAGGGCAAGCUGCUGAUGGACACAGCACUGUUUGUGGGCCGCUCCUUCCGUGUGGGAUGGGGUCCUGGCUGGGUGCUGGCUCACUCUGGGGACCAGCUGGGUGGCUCAGGGACAGUCCCACAAGUAGUGAUGGGAGUGAGUUCUGGGUACGACUUCCUGCCCAAACCAACCAAGACAAAACCGAUAUCAGAAAGCCCUUUCAAGGUGCACCUUGAGCAUGUAGUGGACGUGAGGAGUUCGCAGUCAGGGGAGAGCCUAGCACUGUUCCGCCAUCCCUUGGAGAUUGAGUUGAAGCACAGUGUGAUCAGCAUGGAGGAGACGUGUCCUUUUAUUAGGCCAGCAAGUGGUGUUGAUGCUCUGCAUGAAUAUGCUGAAUGGAUUGUCGAGGUCAACAACGAGCCUGCUAUUAUGGAUGAUGUAGUGAAGCACUGGAAGCUUGUGUGGACGUUGUGUGCUGCGCUGUGGGGUCGGCUGGGGGAGCCAGACUUUAAUGUGGAUCCAGGCACUAGGCUGGAUGGGGACUAUUCGCGACAGCUGGAGCGCCGGCGCAGCUUCUCGGCCUGGCUGUCUGACGGCGCUGCUGGCAGGGUGGAGGAGGAAGUGGCAUGUUCGCAGCACCGGAGCCAUAUCGAAGCUGUAUUCAGUUACCUCACUGGCCACCGCAUCAGUGAGGCCUGCCGGCUGGCUCAGAAGUCAGGAGACCACCGACUGUCUUUACUGCUGUCGCAGGCUGCGGGCUCGCAGUAUUCGCGUGAGCUACUGGCCAUGCAGCUGGCAGAUUGGCACCAAAUGCAGACAGACUCAUUUCUGCAGGAAGAUAGGUUGCGUGUUUUUGCCCUUUUAUCAGGAAAACCGGUGUGGCAGUCAACAGAUGGCUGUGUCAAUGUUUUCUCUGAGCUGGACUGGAAGCGCUGUGUGGCAGUGCACCUAUGGUAUAUGCUUCCUCCCACAGCAUCUGUAGCAGAUGCCCUCUGCAGAUAUGAGACUGCCUUUCAGGGAUCUGAUGAGGUUGAAAAAUAUGCCUGCUCCCCACUGCCACCUUAUAUGGCAGACUCUGGACUGGGGAACGAUGAACUAGAAGAGAUUGUAGAACCCAAGAGGCAGCUAUAUGAUAUAUGCUUCCACCUUUUGAAACUCUACAGCAACAGGCACUAUAGCCUGCAACAGCUGCUGGACCCCUGCACAGUAACCAUGGACCAGCUGGACCACCGCCUCAGCUGGCAUCUUUGGAACGUCCUGCAGGCACUCAACUACACGCACCUGUCCCCCCAAUGUCAGGGUCUACUACAUGCCAGCUACGCUGCCCAGUUGGAGAGCGUUGGAUUGUGGGAGAUGGCGGUCUUUGUGCUGCUGCAUAUUCCCGACUCUGCUCGUCGUGAACGAGCAGUGAAGGAAAUGCUUAACCUACACUGCCCCCUUGUGGAGACAGAGGAUUCUGCAGAAAGGGAGAGCUUUCUCACUGAGAAGCUGAUGGUACCAGUACAGUGGAUACACGAAGCAAAGGCUGUGCGUGCCCAACAGGAGGGCGACAAGCACCGAGAGGCCAUGCACCUCUACCGAGCAGGGCACUGGAGCAAGUGCCACAGACUUGUCAUCCAGCACCUGGCCUCAGAUUGUAUAAUCAAUGAAAACCAUAAUUACCUGCUGGAGUUCCUAAAGGGCCUGGAGGCCCCUGAGCGUUGCACCCAGGUCCAUGACUGGGAGACGGCGGGCAAGGUGUUCCUGGACUACAUCAAUGUCAUCCACACCCUGAGAGCCAUACAGCAGAUGGAAAAUCCUGGAUAUGAGCUGGAACAGCUACACACUGAAGUGACCUCUCUCUGCAGUCGCAUUGAGCUCAUCCCUUGUGCCACAGCCAAAGACCGGCUUGCUCAGUCUGAAAUGGCAAAGCGGGUAGCUAACAUCCUGCGGGUGGUACUGAGCCUACAGCAGGGAGCUGAUGGUGGCCCAGAGCCCCCCCAUGUUCCUCUGCGCCACCUGGCCCCUCACAUUGGCCGGCUACCCAUGCCUGAGGACUAUGCCCUGGAGGAGCUGCGGGGUCUCACCCAGUCAUACCUACGUGAGCUCAUUGUCAGCCAGUGAAAAGCAUAUGUCUGAAAAGGGCGGAGAUUUGUGGUAUUUCUCAUUGGCUGAGCAGAACCCUGCUGUGUGCCUCAAUGUGGCGUAUGGGAGGGGGGCUCAUUCUGGAUUUUCUUUCACAAUGAACUGGUUAGGAAGUUUUAUAGAUGAUGCUUGGGAGUGGAGCCUUCUGUUUAGAAAUUUGGCCAAUGACUUUGUAUUAGGUUUUUGUUUUUUUGUUGUGUAUCUUUUGUACUGUUAGAGAAGGCUACAGAUGUUUAAUAAUUAAACUAAAUUUCCAGAUUCUGUGUAACACCUCUCUGUUUUGUUUACCCUGUUUAAAGGGAAUGCUUUUGUCUCUGCUUAUGUGUGGAAACAUUUUAUUUACACAAGCUUGUUUCAACCUGUAUGCCAAUACCAGGUUGCUGAAGUGUAUUGUUCACUCCAGUCACCUACCUAUGCAGCAUGAGUUGCUACAACUUUUUCAGCUGUGCUUUUGAUUUUUUUUUUCAAUUUUCUUAAUACAGAAGCAAUGGCAGUAAAAUUCCUAUACAUAGUGUACAGUCUACCAGCCAUUUCUGACUGCUGGUUCAGUGUUUGAUACUUGAUUUAAAGUUGGCUUGGAAGAUAUAUCAGAACUGAAACCCAGACACCCCCAUGACUACAAUGUUAAAUACCAAAAUAUAUAAGAAAAAUGCAGUUAGUAAAUGUUUAUUUUUCUAACUUUUUACAAACUGUUCUGGGAUAGAGGACUACUUCCAGGGGGAAGGAAAAGGCAAAAUCUACCAAGAGUGAAUCUUUAAUGUAUAUGAGUACAUUUAAUAUUGAACACUUGGUACAGAUCUUAUGUUCAUAUUAUUCAGUAAUGAACACUUUACUUUCUAGUUGGACAGUGUUUGCUUCUUGGUUCUAUAUUUUUGCACAUUGGACUGUAGUGUUAUCUUUCUGAUUCUGUCCUGUGGUGGAGGGUGUUCACCUUCAAGUUAAAUUAAAGGCUCUUAGUUGAACUUUUUCCCCUUUACAAGCAAGUCCUCUUUAGUCCUGUUUCCCGGAUGAUUCCUUCUGUAAAUUGUCUGUACCGGGGUGCACAUUCUGCCAUGCCCUUGGCCCAUCAGUGGUGCCUUCUGGGAAGAGCCCACGCUCUCAUUCCCAGGGCGUUAUUCUGUAUGCAUGGUUGUGACAACGCUGUUUUUAUUCAAGGGUUUAAUAAAAUAUUCUAUUUUUGUC